AGAUAGUUCAAGUACUAUCCUCAAACUGAAGCAUAGUUAUACAUUCUAUUACUAUCCUCAUUCUUUAAAUAGCGAACAAUCCACUAACAAAAGUAAGCCAUUUAGACACCAUAACUACUUGGCCAAUGGCCAUGCCUUCCAACUCUGUAGUUCCAACUCCUGACGAUACUACUACUACCAUUACCAUUUCCAAUCCCAUAGAAAUGGUGAAACCAAACCAUGAUUACCCUUCUUAUCUCGUGUAUCCAGUCCAGCCUAAUUCCCGUUCAACGUCUUGUCUACAGCUCGCCUUAUCCCCCAUAACUCUAAAGUUUGAAGAUGUUGUUUACAAAGUUAAGUUUGAGCAAAAAGGUACAUGUGGUGGGGUAGCUAGCACAAGAGAGAAAACAAUACUUAAUGGGGUGACAGGUAAGGUUUACCCAGGGGAGAUACUGGCAAUGUUAGGUCCAUCAGGAAGUGGUAAGACGACUCUCCUCACAGCUCUCGGUGGCCGCCUCACCGGAAAACUGUCUGGAAAGAUUACAUAUAACAGCUGCCCAUUUUCCGGUUCUAUAAAAAGGCGAACAGGAUUUGUAACACAAGAAGAUGUUCUAUAUCCUCAUCUCACUGUGACUGAAACCCUAUUAUUCACUGCAAUGUUAAGAUUACCCAAAACCUUGACUCAAGGUGAGAAAGUUGAGCAUGUGGAGAGAGUCAUUGCUGAGCUGGGACUAACUCGGUGUAAAACCAGCAUGAUAGGUGGCCCACUAUUUAGAGGUAUUUCUGGUGGAGAGAAAAAAAGGGUUAGCAUUGGCCAAGAGAUGUUAAUUAACCCUAGCUUGCUGUUGUUGGAUGAGCCCACUUCUGGUCUAGACUCAACCACGGCUCAACGGAUUGUAACUACCAUCAAGCGGUUGGCUAGUGGAGGUCGCACCGUGAUCACAACAAUUCAUCAGCCAUCUAGCCGGCUCUACCAUAUGUUUGACAAAUUAGUUUUGUUGUCUGAGGGCUCACCAAUUUACUACGGUCCUGCAUCCACAGCCUUGGAGUAUUUCACAUCCAUUGGAUUUUCCACUACCAUCACAGUCAAUCCAGCUGAUCUUUUACUAGAUCUAGCUAAUGGAAUCGCACCUGAUGCUAUGCAUGAAUACGAGCAAGGUGAAAACACAGAGCAUGAGAGGAAGUUAGUAAGGGAACAACUCGUCAGUUCCUAUGAAACAUACAUAUCGACCAGAUUGAAAGCUGAUUUAUGCAGUGUAGAUAUUAGCAACCAUAACCAUGGAAAAGAAGCUUCCAGAAGAAGCCAUGGCAAGUCAGAACAGUGGUGCACAAGCUGGUGGCAUCAGUUUAAGGUGCUACUUUUAAGGGGGGUGAAAGAAAGAAGAUUUGAAUCCUUCAACAGGCUUCGGAUCUUUCAAGUGAUAAGUGUUGCUAUACUAGGAGGACUCCUAUGGUGGCACACCCCAACAUCCCAUAUUGAAGAUAGGAUAGCAAUGCUUUUCUUCUUCUCAGUUUUUUGGGGGUUCUACCCGUUAUAUAAUGCUGUUUUUACUUUUCCACAAGAAAGGAGGAUGCUUAUAAAAGAAAGAUCAUCUGGAAUGUACCGUCUCUCCUCUUACUUUCUUGCAAGAACCAUUGGAGACCUGCCACUCGAGCUAGCCCUCCCAACCGCCUUCACCUUCAUACUCUAUUGGAUGGGUGGGCUCAAACCCGACCCAGUCACUUUCGUCCUUUCCCUACUUGUUGUCCUCUACAAUGUCCUUGUAGCCCAAAGUCUUGGGUUAGCCAUUGGUGCCAUCCUUAUGGAUGUUAAAAAAGCCACAACAUUGGCCUCAGUUACGACCCUGGUUUUCCUAAUUGCUGGAGGAUAUUACAUACAGCAAAUCCCUUCUUUUAUAGUGUGGUUGAAGUAUUUGAGCUAUAGCUACUACUGUUUCAAGCUUCUGCUUGGGGUUCAAUACAAUGAAAGUGAUUUAUACGAAUGUUCAAAAGGAGUCUACUGCCAUGUUGCAGAUUUUCCAGCAGUUAAAUCAGUGGGAUUGAAUAAUCUACCAGCUGAUUUGUUGAUUAUGGCAAUGAUGUUGGUGGGUUAUCGACUUGUUGCUUAUAUUGCACUGCAAAAGGUUAAGUGAGGACCAAUUUUCUUAGAGAUGUGAUAGUUGAAGAGGUUUUCCAUUUUAUCGGGAGAAAAAACGAUAAAAUUAGUUUAGAUACCGUAUUGCUACAACUUUGAUCAUUUUAAAGAGAUGUAGCUGUAUCACCAUCCACGUGAAAAAUAUUUACAGAUAUAUCUAACUAUGCUGGUUUCAUUCAA